CUCGGCUUCGGUAGUUUUGACAUCCCCGAAGUGUAUGCGAAGCUAUCGUCGGCGCUGAAUUAAUCCGGCUCAGGCUGCGUUUCUACUUCUUAGUUUUCUCCGGGGGCGUUCGACACUCAAUGAAUGUGCGUUUUUGUCUUUUAGGAGGGGGUUUGAGGGGCUACAGAGACAAAAAAUGGAUUGGUCUAUGCUGUUGAAGAAGCAAGCAAGAACAGAUUGAGGUGCGGUAGCUAGUGUUAGCCGGCUAGCCAUGGAGGCGGGUAGAGGAGCUAGUUGUGAAUUUGAAAUGUUGGCCUCUGUGCCGUAUAAUGAGUUUAAUAGAAGUUACUCCGCGCUCAGAACCGACCAGUCCACGCAUGUAAUGGUUAUUAAAGUGCGCAAGUGCUGUGUUGCGCACACGCCAUGAAUGUGACAACUGCAGAAACCUACUGGGCUGUCAGUGCUUAGAGCCCAUCCUCCUCAGAAGCUGCUUGUUUUCAUUCUACAGCCAAACACACAGGUCUGGCUACUUCCUUAUACACUGAAUCAAAAUAUAUGAGAUCAUUCUAAACCCGUGUCCACCACACUAAAGUGAAAUUUAACUAGUGCUAGAAUUACAUUGAUCUUGAAGUUUCACUGUGCAAAUCAGUGCUAUCCCAGUCUGAGUGGUAGUUGUAUGGGAAACAGUAGUGGCUGUAGUAGGACUGUUGUAGAUCAACAAUGGGAGGUUCAGUGUCUUGCUGUAUCUCCACUGGAGAGAGUCCCAAGAUCUACAGGAGAGAGGUGGAGCUGGAGGAGUGUCCCAUCACCACAGCCGAAGACGUGAGUGAAGACACUGGGACCUACCUGCAGCACAUCAGUGACAGGGAGCUUCCAGACGAACUGGCCCAAGAAGCCAACCCUUCGGACCACCCCAGAGCCAGCACGCUGUUCCUCAAUAAGUCACAGACUGAUGUGCGUGAGAAAAGGAAAAGUAACUACUUGAAUCACAUGUCCCCAGGUAUCCUGACAAAAAAGUACAGCUCCUGCUCAACGAUAUUUAUCGACGAUAGCACAGUCAGCCAGCCCAACCUCAAGAGCACGAUCAGAUGUGUCGCACUGGCUAUAUACUAUCAUAUAAAGAACAGAGAUUCAAACCGCUCUCUGGAUAUUUUUGAUGAAAAGAAGCAUCCCCUGUCGCGGGAGAAGGUCCCGGACGACUACUCCGUGAUCGACCCAGAGCACAAACUCAUCUACCGCUUCAUCAGAACGCUCUUCAGCUCGGCACAGCUCACCGCCGAGUGCGCCAUCGUCACUCUGGUUUACCUGGAGAGGCUGCUGACUUACGCCGAGAUGGACAUUUGUCCUUGUAACUGGAAGCGCAUCGUCCUCGGUGCCAUCCUUCUGGCCUCCAAGGUCUGGGACGACCAGGCCGUGUGGAACGUCGACUACUGCCAGAUCCUCAAAGACAUCACCGUGGAAGACAUGAAUGAAAUGGAGCGCCACUUCCUGGAGCUGCUGCAGUUCAACAUCAACGUCCCAGCCAGCGUCUACGCCAAGUAUUACUUUGACCUGCGCUCACUGGCUGAUGACAAUAAUCUUAGUUUCCCGCUGGAGCCGCUGAGCAACAAGCGAGCGCAGAAACUGGAAGCCAUCUCCAGGCUGUGCGAGGAUAAGUACAAGGACAUGAGUAAAUCCAACAUGAGGAGAUCCGUCAGUGCCGACAACCUGGUUGGUGUCAAGAACUCGCACGCCGUGCUCUCUUAAGCCCCGCAAACAGCUGAUUGUAAGCAUGCGGAGGAAGUGGAAGAGCGCGAUGCUUCACUCAAAAAGUUCAUCAAGAGAAAUCACCAAAGCCAAAAAGUCACUAUAUGUCGACUUUGGACUGGAACAAUAAAAAGAAAAAAGAAAAAAACAAUUUUACCGUUAAGUAUCUCUAAAAUAUUAUUAAUUCAGCCUCUAUAUGUCCACUACAGAGACCUUGAGGCGUUAAACUUGUAUAGCAUGGUAAUUUGGUGAAAUCCUUUUUAUUUCAAAUCAUGGAUGUACCAACUUUGGAAGGACUUGGCACGGAAACACUUCCCCCGGUGCCACAAAUUCAGGACCUCGCCAUCUUCUUUUUUUUUUUUUUUGCAUCAUGCAGUCAUUUGGGCAGUUUUUUCUCUCUCUCGGGCUUCAUGCCUCUCUUCUCUCUCUCUCUCUCUCGCUCUCUCUCCUUCAUUCAGAUGAUGGCAAAAUCUUUCUUGAACUACCCUGUGGUGUAGUUAAGCACAUGGACAAAGAGUAGACUUUGUUUUGCUUACUAUGUAGGCCUCUAUAGCUGUGAAAUGUACUUCAUUUAAUUCAAAAAAUAAAUCUGCGUCGUUGGUUAAAGUGGA